GAGGAGGGGGUGCGCGCGCGCGAGCACAGAAGCGCCGCGGGUAUGCGCGCAGCUCCCGCGGGCAGCGGCUGAGGCGGGCGGGGGGCUGCCGGGAGAACGGAGCGGCGCGGCUGAGGAUGGCGCCGGCGAGCGAGCGGCCGCCGCCGCGGGACGACGGGGGUCCCGCGGCCGCCUCCGGCCCUCCGAUGGAAGCGCGGCGGGAGAACGGCGGAGAGCGGUGCGCGGGAGACGAGAGCGCGGCCGUACCGCGGGCGGCGGCCGGGGGCGACGCGGCCGAGCCCCCCGAGGGCGGCUGGGGCUGGGUGGUGAUGCUGGCCGCCAUGUGGUGCAACGGCGCCGUCUUCGGCAUCCAGAACUCGUGCGGGGUCCUCUUCGUCUCCAUGCUGCAGCUCUUCGGCGGCGGGCAGGACAAGCAGAUGGCCUUUAAAACAGCAUGGGUGAGCUCACUGUCUAUGGGAAUGGUCUUCUUCUGCUCUCCAAUAGUCAGCAUAUUCACAGACCUGUUCGGUUGCCGAAAAGUUGCUGUUACUGGAGCUGCAUUAGGUUUUGUUGGACUCCUGUCAAGUUCUUUUGUAAGCACCAUUGAACCUCUGUACUUCACCUAUGGAAUAUUAUUUGCCUGUGGCUGCUCAUUUGCUUACCAGCCAUCUUUGGUCAUUCUUGGGCACUAUUUCAAGAAACGCCUUGGACUGGUAAAUGGCAUCGUGACUGCAGGAAGCAGCUUGUUCACUGUGUCUCUGCCCUUCCUCUUGAGAGUUCUGAUUGAUUCUGUUGGCCUGUUCAACACAUUACGGGUCCUGUGCAUCCUCAUGUUUAUUCUGUUUCUGGCUGGCUUUACGUACAAACCUCUUGUUUCCAACACCAAAGACGAAGGAGAAAAGAAGGGCAAGUUCAGAUUUCCUCCUGAAAAAAAGGUUUUCAAUUUCUCCGUUUUCAAAGUCAUGAGUUAUCGAAUCUGGGCUUUGGGGAUUCCUGCUGCACUUUUUGGAUACUUUGUGCCUUAUGUUCACUUGAUGAAACAUGUGGAAGACAGAUUUGGUGACAGUGUGCAAGAAGAAGUGCUUCUGCUGUGUCUGGGCGUUACUUCAGGAAUUGGCCGAUUGAUCUUUGGCAGAGUUGCAGAUUAUAUUCCUGGUGCAAAAAAAGUUUACUUACAGGUGGCAUCAUUCUUCUUUAUUGGCUUGAUGUCGAUGAUGAUUCCGGUGUGCCACGUCUUCGGAGGUCUCAUUGCUGUCUGUCUCUUCAUGGGCCUGUUUGAUGGGUGUUUCAUUUGCAUUAUGGCUCCUAUUGCCUUUGAGCUUGUUGGGGCUCAGGAUGUCUCCCAGGCCAUAGGAUUUCUCCUUGGACUCAUGUCAAUACCUAUGACAGUUGGUCCACCCAUUGCAGGUUUGCUUCGUGAUCGCCUCGGUACCUACGAUGUGGCAUUCUACCUGGCGGGAGUCCCCCCGCUUAUCGGCGGAGCGAUAUUGUGCAUCAUCCCCUGGGUCCAUGAACGACAUAAGUUGAAAGAAAGGGCAAAACCCGUUGAUGGAGAAACUACUGAGAAAAUGCUGGAAAAUGAAAGCACUUUGGUGUCAGAUGCUACGGAAAAGCCAGUCAAAGAAAUGGAAUCAGGUGUUUGAUGCUUUCUUUUCCUAUACAAGAUGGACUUUCUUCUACCAAAGCUACAUUUCUGCUUUUUGGCUGAAGAUACUACAUGAUACUAAAGAUGUUCUGAACUGCUGAAAUUGCAAAACUACUCUUUUAUACCGGAACUUCUUUUGAGGAGUCAUUGAGUUUGAUUUCAAGCCACAUUUUCAGAGUAUUUGAAGUUUUGCAGCAUUAGUGUGUACAUGCGUAGUGAUUCUGUGUGUGAAGAGAAUAUUUUUCUAAUUCAUCAGAAUGUAUUUCUUGGAAGUAUGGAAGCUGUGUUUGGUUCACUGACCCAGGACUCUUCAAUAACUUGUGUGCUCCACUCAAUGCAGGCACACCCAGGGGUGUUUUAUACUGGAACAUUUAGUAGCUCUUAAAACUGAUUUCAUUUUUGAAGUUUCUUGUGCUGUUUUACAGUCUUUCAGAAUUCUGUAUCAUGAUUCUAUUUAGUGGGGAAAUACUGGUGGUAGGUGGAUGGUUGGACAGGAUGAUCUUGAGGUCUUUUCCAAACUUGGUGAUUCUAUGAUUCUAUGAAUGUGAAUAUGCAUAUUUUAGAUCCCCUUCGCUCUCGCUGAAAUCAUUUAGCAUUACAAAGUUAAAUUAUUAAACAUCUGUUUUGUUUUCUCUAAAACCCCCAGAUGGCUCAGUUUAAUCAUUCACUUUUUGCAUUGAUUUCACCUUUUCACAGUAGCCUGAACAAAGAGAUGACAUUUUGGAUGGAACCAGGUUUUGGAUAUGCACAAACUGAGCUUAGAAUGCAAACGCAUUUGGAAGUACAGCUGCUGAAUUACAGAUUCUUGAUACUUUUUGGUAACACAAUGCUAUUGAUGUGUAUAUUAUGUUUUCACCUAAGCGUCAAGAUUCCUGAUGGUGGUUUUGAAAUUGUACUGACAGCAAUACUUCAGAGCAGGAUUGUGAAUUAGCCUAAAUUUCAAAUUAUCCUGUUGUUCCCUUCAGGUUUUUGUUUUUUUCCCCUUAAAACUGAGACAGCUUUAAAAAUACAUCCUAAGUGCAAUAAUAUGAAAUCGUUCUUGACGCGUGGAAAUAAAGGGGAGCUAUUAAAACAACGCUCAACAAGAUAUUUGCACUAAGUGAACAUGCAGCUUUAUUUUAGGUCUUCGCAGCUCUGUAUUCAGACAUAAAGAAAUGUCUUUGCACGUCCUAUUGGUUGCUUAUCAUACUAUAGUAUGUCCCGAUUGCUUAUGUCUUCUUAGGUAUUAUGUACUGUUUGUCAGGCGUGUAUUUCUGGAUAUCUCCUCUGAAAAAUAUUUGAAAACAUGAUACUUUCAGAUGAAAACAAGACAGUUUAUCUUAAAAACACUUCCAAGCGUGUUGCUUAUCAGUGGGUGUGGAUGAACAGUGCAGUGGGAAUGCCUGAAUAUUCUUUACGUCGUGUGCAUUGAGCAUUUCUGUAGUCUUCAGGAGUGGCAUAGCAGAGAGUAAACUGAAUGCGAUCUAAAGACAAAGCGCACCCUGAAAUGCACUUUUAAUAAGUGGCAGUGCCUGCUCUUUAUGUGAACCACAGAGGGAUACUGUUUUAAAAUUAUAUCACUUGAUGUCUCCUCUACUUCUGUUGUUUCUCCGUUUUUCAGCAUUGUAGUAAACUGCCAAGAAAGCCCACGAGUGCUUGUGAUCUGAAACACUCUAUUAGCAGUGCUAUUACUUGAAACGUUUACAUCUGUCAGCUUAAAGAAGUCUUCAAUGGAAUCACACAGAGCAUCCCAACUAUCGAAGACCAGCACUGAUAGUUUGUAUUGUAGAAUUUCAGUUCUUGUCUCAUGGAAUGUUGGAAGGAAUUGGAUUUUACAAAGUUAAUGGAGUAGAUCAGCGGGACUUAGAGGUGGAAAACAAUCCUUACAGCAGCUGUCCCUUUGGGUUCGCUGGGACUCGUGCUUCUCCAUGUCCCAAGUGCUCCUGAGAAUUUCAUUGAAACCUUAAUAGCAUUGCUAAUUAAAGCAAGUACCAAAUGCUGCCUUUAGUACAGAAGCGAUAACAGCAGCUCAUGCUGUUCCAGUCUGGCCUAUCUCUGCAGAUCAGUAUUACCGCGUGUGUGGGCCGUGCACUGGAUUCUGCUGAUUGAGUAUGAUUAAAAACCUCUCGUUUCCUUUUGCUUUACGACAAAUGAAUAUUCACUGUGAGUCUUACACUUCAUGUGUUGUAGCCUUGGGAGUUUUUAACAACACUAAGGCUGCUUUUUAGCAUUAAUGUGACUUGAAACUGUCAUGAUGAGACAUCUUGAUGUAAUUGUAGCCAGGAGAGGAUAUAAAGCAAAUGUUGUUAAGAUUUUUAAAUGAUACCGAAGGAAUGUAACACUAAUAUGGAUUAAUUAUUGUUAGACCCUUUAGAAACGUAUCCAUACAUAAAAAUUCAAAUGUUCAUAUUUGAGUAACUAAAUACGUGAAUUAUCUUCUCCAAAUCAACUGCAUUUAAAAACAAAACAAAACAAAAA